CCAGAUGGAACUUUGAUGACCCGUUCUCAGCCCGCUUCUGCACCCCAAACUCUUGACCUGUCUAAUGCUUUAUCAAAGAACCCAAACCUUCGUGGGGCAAAAUACCGUCUCCCUGAUGGGAAUAUAAUGACACGACUUGGUGCCCCGAGGACUCCAGAACCUCGCUCACUCAACCUCUCUGGUGCCCUGCAGAAUCCUAAUCUCAGAGGGGCCUCUUUCCGCCUACCCUCUUCCUAUGCUGUAGUAUCACCCCAGGUCCAGGGAUCUGGCCCUGAACAGCACUGGGCACAGGGCUCCGGAGUUGAGGGACUGCAGCAAGAUGUGGAUGUGUGGGGUGCAGAGAGGGUUCUACCUCACGGGACAGUGCAGAACCUCAAUAAGUGGUCCAUGUAUAGAGACGGGGAACUGCUGGACCCCCACAGCCUGAUGGGACAGGGACAUGUGGGACCUGACCCAGGGGAAUGGAAUCUCAGCAGGGAGGGGGAACCACAGGGGCAAUGGUUUGACAAGAUGUACUCAAUCAGAACCCUGCCCACCAUAGCACACCGGGAGCUAAGAGAAGAAGAUGGAGUGGAGGACAUGACGCAGCUAGAGGAGAUGCACGAAGGGUCUGUUCUGCUGAACAUGAGGAAAAGGUUUGAGAGAGAGCUCAUUUAUACUUACAUAGGUAGUAUUCUGGUGUCUGUGAACCCCUACAAGAUGUACAACAUCUAUGGGACAGACAUGGUGCUGCUAUACAAGGAUCACGCUCUGGGAGAAAACCCUCCGCAUUUGUUUGCCAUAGCAAAUGCUGCUUAUUCCAAAAUGCUGGAUGCCAAACACAACCAGGUCAUAAUAAUCAGUGGGGAGAGCGGUUCUGGGAAAACCGAGGCCACCAAACUAGUCCUUCGCUACCUGGCAGCAAUACAUCACAAAAACAAUCUUGCGCAACAGAUUGAGAUACUUGAGGCAGCUCCUCUGCUGGAAUCUUUUGGAAAUGCCAAAACUGUGCGGAACGAUAAUUCCAGUCGCUUUGGGAAAUACAUAGAGGUCUUUCUGGAGGAUGGUGUAAUCAGUGGUGCCAUAACCUCUCAGUAUCUUUUGGAAAAGUCCCGUAUCGUCUUCCAGGCCAAAGAUGAGAGAAACUAUCACAUCUUCUACGAGAUGCUGGCUGGUCUUCCCUCGCAGCAGAAGCAGGCUUUCUAUCUACAAGAGGCUGAGACCUACUAUUACCUCAACCAGGGAGGGGACUGUGGAAUAACGGGAAAGAAUGACACAGAAGACUUCCUGCGUCUGCGUGCCGCCAUGGAGAUCCUUCACUUUACCCCUGACGACCAGUCGGCCAUCUUUAGAGUUCUUUCUUCUAUACUGCACCUGGGCAAUGUCUACUUUCAGAGACAUGAAGCUGAUGGACAGGAGGUGGCGUCAGUGGUGAGUGCUCAGGAGAUCAGAGUGGUGGCAGAGCUGCUGCAGAUCUCACCAGAAGGACUACAGAAGGCCAUCACCUACAAAGUCACAGAGACAAUGAGGGACAAGAUCUACACUCCACUGACUGUGGAAAGUGCUGUUGAUGCCAGAGAUGCUGUUGCCAAGAUCCUGUACUCGCUGCUCUUCCACUGGUUAACAGAGAGGAUCAAUGCUCAGGUGUACCCUCGCCAACACACCCUCUCCAUCUCUAUCCUGGACAUUUACGGAUUUGAGGAUCUGGCCUUCAACAGUUUUGAGCAGCUUUGCAUCAAUUAUGCAAAUGAGUACCUGCAGUUCUUCUUCAACAGGAUCGUAUUCAGGGAAGAACAGGAGGAGUACAGCAGGGAACAGAUCCCCUGGCAAGACAUCCCUUUUAGUGACAACCAGCCCUGCAUUGAUCUCAUCGCCGCUAAGCCUCAUGGGAUACUGAGGAUUCUGGAUGACCAGAGCUGUUUCCCUCAGGCAACAGACCACACUUUCCUCCAAAAGUGUCACUAUCACCACGGCAACAAUCCACUGUAUCUGAAGCCAAAGAUGCCACUCCCAGAGUUCACCAUCAAGCACUUUGCUGGCCGGGUCACCUACCAGGUUUACAAGUUCCUUGAUAAGAACUACGACCAGGUCCGACAGGAUGUCCUGGAUCUGUUCAUCCACAGCAAGAACAAGAUGGUGUCAAACCUGUUCCUGGUUCACGCAGAGGUCAUGGGUCAGCAGAGAGGAGGCCACAUGAGGAAGAGCAGCACAGUCACCAGGAAAUACCAAGCGCCCACAGUCAGCAGCAAGUUCCAACAGUCCCUGCUAGAGCUAGUGGAGAAGAUGGAGAGGUGCAAUCCUUUUUUUGUUCGCUGCAUUAAGCCAAACAAUAUGAAGCAACCAGGUGUGUUUGAAGACGACCUGGUGAGCAGCCAGCUGCGACACUCCGGUGUCCUGGAAACCAUUAGGAUCCGUAGAGAGGGAUAUCCUGUCAGAAUGCCAUUCUACGUCUUCCUGUUCAGAUAUAAGUCGCUGGUGGGGAUUCGAGAGGUUCCAGCUGCAAAUGGAGAGAACUGUGUGAUAAUGCUGAGUAAACUGUGUCCCCUCAGACCAGGAGUUUACCAUGUCGGAGUCACAAAGAUGUUUCUGAAGGAGGACAUCUACCAGUUGUUGGAGUGUAAACGGGAGCGCUCCCGUCAGCUCGCCGCUCUCACCCUGCAGCGUUACACCCGCAUGUUCUUUGUAAGGAAACGCUUCGUGGCCUUCCGCAAAAAGAUCAUCGGGCUGCAGGCGCAGUGCAGAGGCUUCCUCAUGAGGAAACGCUAUGUGAAAAUGAGGGAGAGUCUGGUCCGUUUCCGCUCCCUCGUCCACAUGUAUGUCAACCGCAAGCAGUACAUCAAGAGGAAGUUUGAAGCACAGAGGAAAGCAGAGGAGGAGAGGAGGAGGAGAGAGAUGGAGCUGACCAAGAGGGAGGUGGUGAACGUCACGCACUUGGUGAUCCCUGCAGAGCUGGGAGCUUUACUGCAGACAGCAGGAAUCAGGAGGGAGCUGCACUCAGACUGUUUGGCUCUGCUUCAAACUCCUCAUAUCCAGGAACAGGCUGAACUCACUCUGCCUCUGGACAUCAACAACUACCCGUUCUACCGCUAUGUGCAGAUCUACUUCAGGGAACCAAAGUUUGGGAUGUUGAUGGCCCCUCUGGAGUCACCCCUGACCCGAGUAGAAGAGGAUCUCAGAGGGGAGGCUCUGGAGCUCUUCAUCAUGGUUUUACGAUUUAUGGGGGACCCUCACCUGAAUGGGGCACAGGAAAACAUGUUUGGGAAUUACAUCAUCCAAAGGGGCCUGAUGUCCCCGGGGUUACGGGAUGAGAUCCUGUCUCAGGUUGUCAACCAGGUGUGGAGGAACGUAAACUCCGACAACGCUGAGAGAGGCUGGCUGCUGCUGCUGGCGUGUGUCUGCAGCUUCACCCCGUCGCCCAAGAUGGACAAAUAUCUACUAAAGUUUGUAUCAGACCACAGCCCUGCUGGUUGUCAGGCGUUGCUGCAACACAGACUUAUUCAAGCCAAUCAGAAAACACAAUUAGGUUCAGGCUCCACCCCCGAUACUGCAAGGACUUAUCCGCUGUCGCUGCUGGAGUGGACGGCCAAUAGGAAGAAGGCUAACAUGGUGCUGCAGGUGCACUGUUUUGAUGGAGGGUCGUUCCUGUGUCCGGUCCAUUCCUGGACGAGCGGUGAGGAUUUAGCAGGACACAUCCUGCGCCACAGGGGGGUGUCUGACUGGUGGAGGGGGAGUUCCAUUCUAAUGAAGGAGCACGGCCAGUGGGUGGAGUUAGCGGGUCACGACUACGUGAUGGACCUGAUUGCAGAUCUGGAACUUCCCUCUGACUUCCCGAAGCAGAAGAGUUACUUUGUCAUUAGCACUGACGACCCGGCCAGAGUCAGAUCUAAUGCCAGCCUUGCUUUGGUUGGCAGCGGCUUUGACUCAGAUGAGGAGCUUGUUCCAUCCUUUCCUCUGAGCAGCAGCAGCAGACCUGCCCGCAGCCUGCCUGACUCCGACGGUUACUACAGCCAUGAGUCAGAUGCGUUCAGUGAAGGUCAGACUCAGAGAGGAAUGGACCGCUACCUGGACAGUCUGUUUGACCCUGUGCUGUCAGACAGCAGCAUAGACAUGGAAAAGAGUGGAAGCUUGUCAGCAAGGAUGAAGGGAGGAGGAGGUAUAGGCAUCACAGGAGGAGGAAGAGGAGAGGGGGAGAGUAAUACGGCCCCCAGUCGGCCUUAUCCACCAGGAAUUCAUCCUGGAGGAGCAGAGCAGGCAGUACUGACUCAACAGCAGCAGGCCAUCAUCAACCAGCAAGCUAUUAUUCUGGCCCAGCAGAUGACCAUGCAGGCCAUUGCAAUCCAGCAGCAGAUGUUGUCCUCCUUCCCCCCUGUUGCUCCGGCCCCACAGUCUCCACCUUCACAGCAUCACACACAUUCACAGCAACGAUCCCACACAUCCAGUCCUACCAAAGAGAGUGCAGAGUCGUCGUACAAACCCAGCCCUGCUGCUGUUCAGCGGAAGAUGAGUCCAACACGUGGGCCCUCUCCUGAGGAUGUGGUCCGAUCCAGUGUGAAUAACACAGAACGCAUGGACCCCAGCCACGACAUCAAAGACAUCAUCAAACAGCACCAGCCUGCUGGCACAACAACUUCUACUGGACCUGCCACACAAAAAAAAGGUGAUGGAAAGAUGUUCACAAAGAAGCCAGACCCUCAUGAUGAAGCUAUGGAGAUCCUUAAAGACCAGAUGGCAAACCCACCACAACCGACUCCGAGGAAGCCUCAGUCCUCCCAACAUAAAGAAGAGGGCAGUGUUAAGGUUACCAAGACGACCAAGUCUCAUCCUGCAGGGUCAACUAGCUCCAACAUAAGCCCUGCCCCUCCACCAGUUUCUAGAGAGUUGCCAGUAGAGGAGGAGAUCAUUCAGACUCAACUCCACAGCAGGACCAGUGAUGAAUAUUACACUUACUCCAACGUUCCCUGGAAGCUCUACAUGAGAAAAGAGGUUUUCUAUCCAAGGGAGACCUUCAACAAUCCACUUAUUCUGGACCUGAUCUUCAGACAGGUUGUACAUGACACCUUCUCUGAGGCCUGCAUCCGUAUCACUCAGGAGGAGCGACAGAAGAUGAAAGCUCUCUUUGCGGAGAACAAGGUGGAUCAGGUUUCAGGAACACACGAUGAGAACGUGAAGAAGAAAGUGGUCGCCAUGGCCAGAGACUUGUGGGAGAUCUACUUCUCCCGCCUCUUUCCAGCAUCUGGCAGUGUUGGGACAGGGGUGCAGGUGCUGUCUGUGUCUCAUAAAGGCAUCAAGCUGCUGAAGAUGGUGAGGAGCAGCUCUAGUGCUUCAGACUACUUCAGAGUGCUGCGGCCUUACAGCUACUCGGACAUCCUGUUUGUGUCAAUUCCAUCUAAGAACAUGCUGGAGUUCAACCUGACCAAUGAGAAGCUGAUCCUGUUCUCUGCCAAGGCCCCACAGGUCAAGCACAUGAUCGACUACUUCCUCACAGAGCUCAAGAAGGACUCAGAGUAUGUGGUGGCGGUGAGGAACUACAUCACUGAGGACAGGUCUCUGCUGAGCUUCCACAAAGGAGACAUCAUCAGACUGCAGCACAUGGACGGGUUGGAGGCCGGCAAAUAUUACGGCUGCAUAGUGAGGAAGAAGGUGAUGCUUCUGGAGGAGCUGAAGAGAGACACCCCUGAGUUUGGCUGGCGGUUUGGGGCUGUGUAUGGAAAGUCGGGAGUGUUUCCCAGUGAGUAUGUCCGCCCUGUGGCUGCUCCAGACUUUUUGGUUCUCCCUGCUGAGCGUGUGGAGCCUCGAGACAGACAGGGACGGGUCGCCGCCUCUGCUGCUGUUGCUGUGGCGAUGGGCUCAGCGGUUGCUGCCCAUGAGCUGGACCUCUCCACAGAGGUAGUAAAUGAGAUGUACGGGGACGGUCUGAGCAUCGAACCGGACGAUCUGCCUCUGCAUGGCGGCCAGUACCACAUGGCUGAGUUUGCCAAGAAGUACUUCAGAGAGGCACAGAGGAACAGGAGUGAUCAGAAAGCCAAAAAGGGGAAGGAAGGCAGGGAGCCUGCUGACAUGGUCAAAUUCUCCAAGUCUCCAAUCCAGGAGUCUCUGAUCGACUUCUCAGACAGCGGGAUGAACAGAGUGGCUGCUGACAUCUUCUUAGCCAUAAUGAAGUUCAUGGGAGACUUCCCACUGAAAGGCCAAACUGAACAGGACCUGGUCACCACUAUACUGAAGUUAAGUGCUGACCACGGCCUGAUGAAGGAUGAAGCCUACUGCCAGGUGAUGAAACAGGUCACUGCCAACACCAGCUCCAAACCGGAAAGCUGUCAGAGAGGGUGGAGGCUGCUGUACAUCCUGACAGCUUUCCAUCGCUGCUCAGAUGUUAUGAAGCCGUUUCUGUUUAAGUUUCUACAGGACGCAUGUGCCAGCCCUGGGUUACAGUACCAAGGUAUUGCCAAGGCGUGUGAACAGAAUCUGAGGAGGACUUUUCAAUACGGCGGGCGCAUACAGUAUCCCAGCAGCAUGGAGCUCAAAGCUAUGCUGGCUGGGCGGAGCUCCAAGAGACAGCUGUUCUUGCUGCCAGGUGGGAUUGAGAGGCACUUGAAAAUCAAGACGUGCUCUGUAGCUUUGGAUGUCAUUGAGGAGCUUUGCUAUGAGAUGGAACUCCACAGGGUGGAGGCUUUGGAUGAAUAUGCCAUCUUUUUGGUCACACACAGAGGUCAGAAUGUGCGUCCCCUUAACAAGCGUGAGUACAUCCUGGACAUUGCUACAGAGGCAGAGCCAGUGGAUGCCAACUACAGUCUGUGGUUCAGAAGAGUCAUAUGGAGUCUGGCUCUCAAGCUAGACAAUGAACUCUAUGUCACUAUGCACUAUAACCAGGUGUUGCCAGACUACCUGAAGGCCUUGCUGAGUGUGAUUCCUCAGGGUAAGGCCAGUGAACAGCAUCUGCAGCAGCUUGCCAGACUGGCAGCCCUACAGCACCGUGCCAAGGACACCAUCUACCUGCCCACCCUUCGUGAGGUGCAGGAGUGUGUGCCCCCACAGUUCUACAGCAAACAAGGUUCACAGCAUUGGCUGAACAUGGUAACUCAACACAUGCAGCAGGUCCAGCCCUUAAACCCUCACCAGGCCCGUGCACAGUUCCUCGGUCUGGUCAGUGCCUUCCCCAUGUUCGGCUCCUCCUUCUUCUACAUCCAGAGUUCGAGCUCUGCAUCCAUCCACGCCCCGUGCAUCCUGGCUGUAAAUCUGAAUGGACUGCACUUUCUUAACAAGGAUACUCAUGAGGCCAUGGUACGUUUCCCUCUGAAGGAGGUCCAGUCAACUCGCACCCAGAGACCAACUUCAGGCUCUAGCUACCCAUACGUGGAGAUCAUGAUAGGAGACCUGCUCAACCAGAGCAUCACACAGCUACAGCUGGAGCAGGGGCUGGAGCUGUGCCGAGUUAUUGCCAUGCACAUGGAGAACAUGUUGUCAGUCAGAGAAAAGAGACUCACCCUGCCACCAAGUGAAAUCACCCUGCUAUAGCACAUGCACACACACACACACACACACACACACACAAAUCACACUAUAUGCCUCGUAAAUGUACUGUAUCUACCUCUGAUUUAAAAAUGUAAUGUGAUGAAUGUAUGGUGAUGAGGAUGACGAUUACAGCGUUUGUGAGAAAAGGUGUAGUCCAAGAAGGGUGGCAUCUAAUUUUUAUUAUCAAACACUCUGCUGAUUAUUUUCUCAGUUAAUCAAUCAGUCCAAAACCAAAAGAUUUUCAUUUUGUUAUCAUAAAAGACUAGGGAAACUUGCAAAUAUUACAAUUUUAGAGGCUAGAACCAGAAAAUUUAGGCAUUGACUCUAACGAUAAAUCAAUUAUCAGAUUUGCUGCCGAUUAAUUUUCUGUUCGUUGAUCAUUUAAUUGCCUAAUCAUUUCAGCUCUAAGGCGUAUAUAGUGCACUUAAGUUUCUGUGCACAACACCUACGCCUGGUAUGUCAGUAAAGACCUGUACAUUUACUUUCACAUGCACACCAAUGAGUGAAAUGGAUGUGUAUCUUUCUAUGAAGCAGUUCAAGAUGUAGAAUCUAAGAGUCAGACUCAUUAAUGUUUUUUAGUUUGACAUUUUUAGCCAGAAUUGCUUCAGAUCUUGUCUGCCAUGGCUGCUUCAAGGGGCUGAGACUAUAAUGGACGAAGCCUCUUUAAUUAACUUUAACUUUCCCACUUCAGAAGAAUAGUAUGAUUUGAUUAGCCUUGAUCCUUGGGCAACACUAAAUUGAAAUACUUGUGGUCUUCCACUGAAGAGGGGUAAAAACCACGACUGUAGUUGGCUCUGCACAAAGAAACUAGAAUGUGUGAAACUGAAACUAAUAGCUAGCAAACUUAGGCUUAACCUUAUCUUCCCAUUAACAUUAGUGGAUGUCUGUGAUUUGACAUAUUGAUUGACAUUUUUUAAAAUGUAAUUUUCUUAUUUUCUCUUUCUCCUGUCUUGAAUUCAUGGGCAAAAACAUAGUUGGAGAAGCACAUUUUGGCAGAGUUAUAGGCCACA